CUUCACGACCACCUUCGUCUUCGCCUUACUCCCUGAAUACCCCACUCUCGGCGGUCACGGAAUCGCUUUUGUAAUUUCGCCAAGCAGAGGCCUCCCCGGUGCUAUGGCAACUCAAUAUCUCGGCCUGUUCAACGACAGCAACAAUGGAAAUGACACCAAUCGUGUUGUUGCAGUGGAACUCGAUACGAUGAAGAAUGUUGAGUUCGAGGACAUAGAUGACAACCAUGUCGGAAUUGAUGUUAAUGGGUUGACGUCCAAGGUGUCCCAUGGAGCUGGGUAUUAUGUGGACGGUACCGGCCAAUUUAUAAACAUGACGCUGAUCAGCGGACAGCCAAUGCAAGUUUGGGUAGAAUACAAUAGUCUAGAACAGAGAAUGAAUGUCACCUUAGCUCCAAUUAAUGUUCCUAAACCCAAACUCCCCCUUUUGUCUCUGUCAAGGGAUUUAUCGCCCAUCUUCAACGAUACUGUAUACAUCGGAUUCUCUGCGUCAACUGGUGCGGUCGUAACAUCUCAUUAUAUUUUGGGUUGGAGUUUUAUGAUUAACGGCCAAGCAGAGGAGCUCGUUAUUGCAGAGCUACCUAAGCUUCCUCGCAGAGGACGGGAGCAAACAUUGAAGUAUUUAAGAAUUGGAUUGCCUUUGAUUUCCCUGACUCUGGUUUUUGUAACAGUUUUAGGGGUUGUUUAUUUCAUAAAGAGGAAGAGGGAAUUCGCAGAUGUAGUUGAAGAUUGGGAGCUCGAUUACGGGCCUCAAAGAUUCAAGUACAAAGAUCUGUAUGUGGCCACAAAUGGGUUCAAGGACAAAGGGUUACUGGGUUCUGGUGGAUUUGGUAAGGUUUAUAGAGGAACAUUACCCACCUCCAAAUUGGAGAUUGCCGUUAAAAAAGUCUCUCAUGAAUCAAGACAGGGGAUGAAGGAAUUUGUGGCGGAGAUUGUUAGCAUCGGUCGUCUCCGUCACCGGAAUUUAGUACAACUCCUGGGGUAUUGCCGAAGAAAGGGGGAGUUGCUCUUGGUCUAUGACUACAUGCCGAAUGGAAGUCUGGACAAGUAUCUCUAUGGCCAGCCGAAUGUCACCCUGAAUUGGAGACAGAGGUUUAGGGUCAUCAAAGGCGUAGCCUCGGCUCUACUUUAUUUGCACGAAGAAUGGGAACAAGUUGUGAUUCAUAGAGAUGUAAAGGCCAGCAACGUUCUCUUAGACGGUAAAUUAAACGGAAGAUUAGGAGAUUUUGGGUUGGCGAGAUUGUAUGAUCAUGGAACGGAUCCACAGACGACACAUGUGGUGGGUACUCUGGGGUACCUAGCGCCGGAGCAUACCCGAACAAGGAAGGCCACAACCAGCACCGAUCUGUUUGCUUUUGGUGCCUUUUUGCUAGAAGUUGCCUGUGGAAGAAGGCCGAUUGAGCCACAAGGUGAAACAGACGAUUUGAUUCUGGUUGAUCUAGUGUUUUCGUUUUGGCAAAGAGGGGAGAUUCUUGAGAUCAGAGAUCCAAAAUUAGGGACAGAUUUUGUAGCAAAGGAGGUGGAGUUGGUAUUGAAGCUGGGGUUACUCUGUUCGCAUUCAGACCCCACAUCCAGGCCAAGCAUGCGCCAAGUGGUGCAGUUCUUAGAAGCAGAUGUUCCUUCACCGGACUUAUCAGCACUAGGCCUGACUGUCAGUGGCCUAACGUUUGCCCAUGGUGAAGGUUUUGAUGACUUUGCUACGUCCUACCCAUCUUCCAUGGAAAAGGCAUACACGCAUUCCUCUUCAAUUGCUGAAUCCCUACUUUCAGGAGGUCGAUGAACCUUAAACCUUUGCAUGGAGAAUUUUGUUUGUGUUUUUCUUUAUAUAGUUGUUACCAGAUAUGUUAAAUUAGCUUGUCUCAUUGUGCAAACAGGUAAACAUAUAUAUACUGUUGUUUUAGAUGGAGAGGGAUUUAGGGAGUGCUAUCUCAUAUAAAACAUUCAGAUGUAUAAAAUAUAUAUAUAUAUACUGUUGGUUUUUUUCUAAGACCGAAGUGAAACCGAGGACGGGGAAACCACGGGAAGUGACGAGUUAGAAGGCUAGCCAUAUUGUAAUUUGAUAUGAAUUUUAGAAACAAAUCCUGAUCUUGUAUUUGGAGAUUUUAUGAUAUGAGAGAGAAUUUUAAAGAUUUGAUCUUCAGAUUUUGGUGGUAUCAGAGUGUAAUAUGAUAAGUUCCGAGCCUUGUGCACUUGUGGGACCCGUCUCACGAGUGUACGGCGUCUGUCGCGUCUCGAAAUUGGGUUUUGGGGCGUGACAAAAAAGAUAGCUCAAAUAUUAAUUUUGGUUAAAUCAAAACUAAACUGUUUC